AUGAAAACGCGGGGUGGAACCCUGCAAGUCUUCGAAGCUUAUCAGCAAACCCUGCUCGGAAUCUCUCUGGACAAAGCCCAGCGCAGCCUUGGCCUCCGCAGGCAUGUCCUUAUCCACAAUAUACUGCAGCAGCUCCAGGCUCCUGUUCGUCUGGAUUCAACACCUGCCCCGCCCUUGGAACCGCUCUUCCUGGGCGAAGAAGAUUUCUCCCUGUCUGCCACCAUCGGCUCUAUCCUCAGGGACCUCGAUACAUCCCUGGAUGAGAGAGAGCCACCUCCGAAUCCAGUGGCUUCCCCAGGUCUCCAGGAUGAAGUGAUGCCCCAAGCCGAUCCUGUCUUCUUAGAAGCUCUGAGCUCACGGUACCUUGGGGGACUCUUUCUAGACAUUGACACAUCUGCAGUGGAAAGGGAAUAUGCCCUGGUAUCCCAAGAGCCUCCUCACAGCCUCUUCUGUGUCCCAGGGUUCUGGGAAUAG